AUGGGAGACACACAACAUUUUUGUCUACGUUGGAACAAUUACCAGAGCUCCAUCACCAGCGCCUUCGAGAACCUUCGCGAUGACGAGGAUUUCGUUGACGUCACGCUGGCAUGUGACGGGAACAGCCUUAAAGCACACAGGGUUGUGUUAUCCGCGUGCAGCCCUUAUUUUAGAGAAUUGUUGAAGUCAACCCCUUGCAAACACCCCGUGAUCGUGCUCCAAGACGUCGCGUUCACCGACCUUCAAGCACUAGUGGAGUUCAUCUACCAUGGGGAGGUGAACGUGCAUCAGAGAAGUCUUUCCUCCUUCCUCAAGACAGCUGAGGUGCUCCGCGUGUCAGGCCUCACGCACAACGAGAAUGCUCAAGGGACGCUGCUACAACCAUUCCGGGCGCCAUCCACAACCUCGCCGCACACACCACCGCACUCAAUCAGCGCGCAGAUCCCUCAUACACCAUCCUACGACCGCCUGGAAGAAGCUCUGCUGCAGCCGUCCCAGAGCGUGCAGAUCCCGCGCCGCACACCGCUGCCCCUUCGGAGGCACAGCCGCAGCACGGACAACAGUCCUGACGUCAUCAAGCGCCCACGUCAUGACAACAACAACGAACAACCGCAAAUCCACGCAACGGAUUUCUCAACGAACAAGAACCAUAACAAUUCGCGCUCGCACAACGAGUCGGGAAACAAUGGGAACGGCAUCUCCAAUUGCAGCUCCUCGCCAUCGCCGAGGCUCGUAGAUGACGUGAAGCACGAGCCCCUGGACAUGAUAUGUCCAUCGAACACGGAUAUAGACAGGAGCACGGAUGACACGCCGCCGCAUUCACUGCACAGACAACUCGGAGGCCCACCGUCUCAUGGCAGCUCUGCUGAUGCUGAAGAAUGCACGCCACCACCGCACCCAACAGGCCCGUUCAUACCGCCUCCGGAUACAAAACUUUACACACCGACUAAUUCCUACAACUUUUCCAUGGAUCUACAUCCAUCAUUAGCUGGUCUCCAAAAUACGUUGACUCCUGACGGCAUGGCGAGCACUUCCCAAGGUGAGUACCAGCUUGUCUAG